GAGACAGCACCGAGGGCGGAAAAAACCCACACACUGGCGGCUACAUCCUGUUUACGCUCCGACCACAAACGUAAAUGUUUGGGUAGUUUUGUUUAGGUUGUUACAGCAUAUUGGACUAAAAUGCCACCACUUUUGCUCUAAACCCCGAGAGAUAUAUGGAAUUAUAAGAAACUCCAUUCGGCCUCGGGUCCCAUCCUCAGCAGCCAGCCAUGUCGUGCCGGGACAUCCACGCCACCAAUGCAUUCUCCUUCAUCUUUGCCUUCGUGUCUGUGUGUGGGAUCGCCGUGGCAACGUUAAUCCCACAGUGGCGCAUAACGAGACUUGUCACCUUCAACCGCAAUGCUAAGAACAUUAGUGUGUAUGACGGGCUGUGGGAUAAAUGUGUGACUCAGGAUGGAUAUUCAGGAUGCCUCUACCACGACACAGAGUGGUACUCCAAGUUGGACCAGUUGGAUCUGCGGCUCCUGCAGUUCUGUCUUCCAACAGGCCUCAUGUUUGGCUCUUUGGCCUUGCUUCUCUGCAUGAUUGGGAUGUGUAAGACCUGCUGCUGCUCAGACAAACCGGAACCAGACAUGAAAACCAUCACGUUCCUCGUGAACAGUGCAGGCUGCCACCUGGUGGCUGGGAUGUUCAUGCUCUUGGGCGGAGCGAUCCCCAUGGCACCCUCCAUAUGGUUCCUCUUCCGCACCAAGGAGAUGAACGUUCGAUAUGAAAACAUUUUCUCUGACGGGUUUGCCGUGUACGUAUCAAUCGGCUGCUCCGGAGGGCUGAUGCUAGCCGCGUUGCUCAUGUUCAUGUGGUAUUGUAUGUGUAAGAAGCUGCCUUCACCCUUCUGGCUGCCUUUUCCUUCCAUGUCUAACUCUCUGUCUGCUCAGCCUCUCACUGCCAAUGGACUUCCUCCUUCUCCAGUUUAUGGUCCACAGCCACUGCCACCACAGAUGUAUCCCCCUGCGGUAAUAGACGCUCAGCAUUUUGGACCUUCUCAGGGCUACGUGCAAACGGUGGUGGCCCCAGCUCCACCUCAAGUAUACGUGUCUCAGCUCCCCGCUCCUGAUGGCUAUGGAUCAGAGGUGGGAGGAGGUCAAGUCUACAGCUACGCCCCCUCGCAGAGCUACGCCCCCUCCCAGAGCUACGCCCCCUCGCAGAGCUACGCGUCUGGCUACUCCGGUCGCCGCUACUCCUCCCGCUCUCGGAUGUCGGCCUUAGAGAUUGACAUUCCUGUACUAACUCAGCAUGAGUGAAAAGGGUAAAAGCUGAAGCCUGAGCACAUUUUGGACCCGUCUAUCAUCUUUCAUGAGAUAUACUGCUGUGGACUGCGAUGGACUCUAGUGAAGAAUACGAGAGCUUUUUAGAGCUUUGUUAUUGAUCAUUUUUAGAAAUCAGUCAGGAAACUUCAGAUAAUGGAAGAUGAGAGAGAAAAACCACUUUACUAACAACAAUAUAUGAAGGGUGUGAAGAUUAGUAAAACACUAUUAGUAUUAUUAAACCUAGAUAAAAGAAAAUAACUCCCUAACUUUAUCUAGUUUUAUCAUUUCUCCAGCAGAACAGCACCAAUAAAUAAUCUGAUGUCACUAAAUGGGACCAGUGGCCCACUUUCAGCCAUAAAACACACGGACAUCGUCUCCUGUUACAAUACUUGUUGGACAAACUUGAAUGAGACCGCUGCAAAAUAACUAACUCAGACUUUAGCCUGCAGUCUAGAAACAGCUAGGUGGCUGAUCUGUUUGUUUUGGAUCUAUUUUAGCUGAAGGGUUUAUUGUUGCCAAUGUUCUGUGAAGAGCAGCUGCUUCGGCUUUUGUGCCGGUUUAUCCUGAUUUGUUCACUAACUUUUUUAACUUGAAGGUAUUUUUUUUAUCUGUAACCCGUCGCGUCUAAAAACGUGACAAAAAUCUCCUUCGCUGCGUUUUUACAAAUACAGUUGAGAAAAUGAUCUUUUUUGUGUACACUCUAAACUUUAGUGUUAUAAUAACACAAACGUGAGCGACGAGAAGCCUUUACAUGUCUACGCUACACGUCGGCCAAAUUUAAGAUUGUUGCCUUUUUAUUUCUUUGAGCUCAGAUCAACUUUUUCUGACGGUUGUACGUUUAGUUCUGCAGUCAGUGCCGUUGUUAAAACAUGUUUUCUAUCCUGUCUUUGUUUUGCUCUUAAAUAAAACAAAUGACAUUUUA